AUUGGAGUUUAGAGAACCAUGGGGAGAUGGCACUGAUGCGUCGCAAUCAAUCAUUCCAGGCAAUGAGCUGGGCUUCAAUUGGCCUAUCGCGUUUUGCUUGAUUCCCUAUCGGUCCGCAUCCCAGUGAAGUGGUGAUGUGUUGCGUUUGCAAGCCGCCAGUUUGAAGCAUAGGACCCACAACCGUUAUCUCGUGCGCCCGUCGCAGCUUCUACUCUCAUUCGCAAUUCUUUCAGUGGCCAUUGUGUCUCAAGCUACACAUGUGGGUAUUGAGCGACAACCGAAGCUCAUUGUCGACCAGCAGCUUCAGGUUGCCGGAUAUGUUACUUUCCUCAGUGGAAGCACCUGCGAGCCCCGAGGUAUGCACCAAGGCGAGAAGAGAAAAGGAGAAUACCCAUCCAACGUUUAUCAGUACACGAGAUGAUAAGGUAGAAAAGAUGUCAAAGGUGGAUCGAUUGGCCUUGAAAAUUUCUAGGCAUGCCGGCCCCCAUCUGCAUAGCAUUGCUGAAGACCCUACUAAUCUUAAAUUCCUUAUCCCAUGUCUCGAGGCUCUGUCCCACGGACGGCUUUCAAGAGAGCUGUGGGUGAUCAAUUGUUCUCGAUCUCUGCCGAGUUUAGACUCGUGUACACAUUCUUUGCGCCUAAAAGCUGUCCUCACAACAAUCACUCACGUUACAUUGGCCACACGCUGCCUGUAUCGACAGCUACAAGCUGCACAUCUGUACUCGUUGACUCAAGUGAGCACAUGGCUGAACGGGAUAAUCACUUUGAUUUAUACAAUCGCACUGCAACAUUUCUCCACUACAGAGAUGAAUUGGCAUGCUACCCACUCUAAGGCGUCAAGCUGUAUCCGCUCAAACCACCGUACUUCCCUAGCUUGUAUUCAAAGACAUUCCCUCGCUCAACCGUCUCAACAACAUCCCCAGCAACCACAACAAGUCUUGGGCGUAUCUCGUGCUACAAUCGCACUGUCGGCGCAGCAGCUUGAGUUCUCAAAGUCAGCAACCUGGACGUGGUGUACAAUUGACGGUAAUGGAAACGCGCUCACGUUGGUAUCACUUGACAAUAGUUUGGUCCUCGACCAUCUAGAGCAGUGGUGGGCGUGGGGCUGCCAAGCGCGAGGCUGGCGAGGCCCGUGACUGCGAUGAGAUAUGGAGUGCUGAUUUGCAUGUCGUUAUUCACAACACCAUACAGAUUGGCGAAAGUUUUGAGGUUCUGUAUAUGGAGGUAACGGUGGGAUGAGGUCCGUAUACUCCGGGGCAAACGUGUGCAUUAUAUCAUACGAGUCUGACCAUACUGUAUGCGUCGAGAUACACACAUGAAGCUAAUCUAGUCGCCCAUUCUUCAUGUCCAAGUCCUUCUCAGACCACGGGGCUCGAAAACUCUGAAUCCAAGUGACCUUUUUUUUGGUCGCCGAGGUUGAUCUCACUCCAACACCCCUGAUGCUCGAUGUUGUGAUAUGAACAUGGACUCAGCUGAUAUACAAAUGGAGCUCAAGUCAGUCUUACCACGCAAGGCAUC